AUGGAACCCCCAUCAGCUCCUAUGUGCAAAGAGGGCAUCCCCUGGCAGGUGCUCCUGCUGCCAGUCUCGCUCUUAACCAUCUGGAACCUGCCCACCACUGCCCGACUCACUGUCAAAUCAGUGCCGCCCAAUGCUGUUGUGGGGCAGGAUGUUCUACUCCUUGUCUCCGACCUGCCUCAGGAUCUUUAUAGCUAUAUCUGGUACAAAGGGGACAGAGUAUGCCACAAAGAUAUAAUUCUAUCAUAUGUAAUAGAAACAUCAGAAAAUACCUCUAAAUACAAUGGUCGAGAGAAACUAUACCCCAAUGGAUCCCUACUGCUCCAGAACAUCACCCAGGAGGACACAGGAUCCUAUACCAUAGAAGCCCUGAAGCUGUCCCAGGACAACAGCAUCCUCACCAUAGACCCCAUCAGGAUGGAGGAUGCUGGGGAUUAUCACUGUGAGGUCUCCAACCGGGUCAGCUUCAGUAAAAGUGACCUCUUCAGGUUAUAUGUGAAAUAUAAGUGAUCCUCUUCCCCUCCUAUAUGUUAUUAA